AUGAAUUUUUAAUCUCCUCUUGCAAGAAAUUUAUUUAGCACUCCUGAAAAAUAGUAAAUGGAACCAGAAUUGUGUAAGAAAGUAAUUAUUGACGAUCAAAUACAGCAAUUCAAUAAUUCAGGAAAAAAAUAAUUCAAAUUCUAGAUUAUUCCUAUCAAGACUUAAACACCAAUCAAAUAAAAGCAUCAUCAUUCACAUAUUACUCCAAGCACUUCUGAAAAUGAUUGCAUCGGAACAUCCUUGGUUCAAAGAUUUUAAAACCAAAUGACAUUAGAUUAAAUCCAUCAAAGUCCUCCAAGCACUCCAAAAAACAAAGGAACAAAAUCGCAUAAAGAAUUAACUGCUUAAAAACAAGGUACUGCCACACCAAAGAAGAAGAAAAGUGCAAUAAAGAGUAUUUAGACAAGUGCCUGGGCUAUGGAUAUCGAAGAUUAAUCAGAAGAAGAGAGUCCUACUUUUGAGAGAUCUAGAUAUUAUAAUGAAUAUACUUAAUUGGCAGUGAUAGGCAAUGGAAAUUUUGGUACUGUCUACAAAUGCAGAAAUAAUAUUGAUAAAUAAAUUUAUGCUAUUAAAUGCGUUAAACUUCAAGGAUGUGGCAAGUCAUAUGAUGCAGCAGAAUCACUUAAUGAAGCACAAGCACUUGCCUAUUUGACAGCUAAGGGAAGGUGUAAAAACAUCAUACGAUAUUAUACUGCUUGGAAUGAAAGAUGUUAUUACUACUUAUAAAUGGAGUAUUGUGAUUUCAAUGAAACAAGAAGAGAACAAAACCAAAAUCUUGAAGAAUUUGAAGUUAAGAAGAUUUUGAAGGAUAUCUUAUAGGGCUUGAAAUUUCUCCAUGAGCAAUCGAUCACACAUUUCGAUGUCAAACCUGAUAACAUCUUAUAUAGCAAGGCAGAAGGCUGCUAUAAACUAGCUGAUCUAGGGCUAUCCAGAUUAACCUAAUUAAAAAAAGGAGAAGAUAUUAAUGAAGGAGAUUCUCGAUAUUUAGCUCCUGAAAUUUUAUCAAAUGUAUAUACCUAAUCUGAUUUAAGUAAAUCAGAUAUCUUCUCACUUGGCGCUUCAAUUUAUGAAAUUAUGAUUGGGGAAAGUCUUCCUACAUGUGGGGAGAGAUGGCUGAAAUUGAGAUAAGGACUGACUGUCAAUGAUUUUGGAUCUGGUAUUUAUCUUAAAUUACAUUGA